UUGAAUGUUAGUUAGCAUUGUUAUGACCACGUGAUUGUUGAAUCACAAGAUUAUAGAAAUACUAGAAGCUUUAGUGAUCAGGCAAGCUAGGAAGUCAUGAUGUUUAUAAUUGGUGAACAUAGAAAAAAUGCUUCUCAAGGCAAGACGAGCGAGUUAAAACUUUGAUAAUAAUAAUAAUAAUAAAAAACUUCACUCAUGAUGUUAUGCUGUUUAUCAUCUCUUUUUAUGGACAUAACAUUAGUUUUAUCGAACAAACACAUGAGAAGCAAAAACAUAUCCUUUGAGUAACAAUACUUGUAUUUCCACCAUAAGAACCCAAGUUUGAACGUUGAAGAAGUCAAAAUCUCGCACACAUUUGAAGCUGUAACAGAAGUAAUGUCAAAGUUUCCAUCUUCACAAGAUAUUAUAAAGUAUUUGGGACCAUUAUCCAACUUGCACUCUAUAAAAUCAUUCCAACUUUGAGCAAAACACAAACUCACAACUACAAAAUCCACAAUGCUCUCUUUUUCUCAAUUUCCUGUUCCUCUCUUGUUUAUCCUACUCUCCCUGCAUUGCCUCACAUGCCUAGCAGCAAACUGCCACGUGGACGAUGAGAGCGGGUUGUUGGGUUUCAAGUCGGGUAUCACAUCUGAUCCGUCGGGUAUUCUAGCAAACUGGAAAGCAGGUACUGAUUGUUGUAAAUGGUCGGGUGUAUCUUGUGGGGAUAACAAUCGGGUCACAAGUCUAUCACUUAAUGGACAACCCGAAAAAAAACAAAUCUUAUCGGGUACCAUAUCCUCAUCUCUCUCCAAACUAAAAAAGCUAGGCAGUAUUUAUCUUACGAAUCUUAACAACUUAACAGGUACACCGAAUUUUCUCCUUGCUUUAACUGAAAUUCAAAUAGUUUACAUAGAAAACAACAAGUUAUCGGGUCAUGUACCCGCUAGCAUUGGUAACUUGACCCAACUUUUUGCACUGAGUUUCUUGGGUAACCGGUUAACUGGCCCCAUACCGAGUUCUAUCGGCCAGUUAACUCAGUUGAAUCAGCUCAAACUCGGUGGCAACUUGCUCACUGGUGCAAUUCCCACGUCAUUAAGCAACCUCAAGAACUUAACUUACCUGAGUUUAGAGAAAAAUCAAUUGACUGGGCCAAUACCAAACUUUUUCAACUCUCUCUCUGAUCUCAGAAUCCUGACACUUUCUUAUAACAAAUUUACUGGGAAUAUUCCAGUUAGUAUUACAUCUCUAGCUCCACAAUUACGUUUCUUAGAGGUAGGACACAAUUAUUUAACUGGAAAAAUUCCAGAUUUUCUUGGACAAUUCCGUGCUCUAGACACAUUGGAUCUUUCUUGGAACAGGUUCUCGGGAACUGUGCCAAAAACUUUUGCAAAUCUGACAAAAAUAUUCAAUCUUGAUCUAUCACACAAUCUCCUUGUCGAUCCAUUUCCAACGUUGUUUGUAAAAGGCAUAGAGUCACUGGAUCUAUCGUACAAUAAUUUCCACUUAGGUACAAUACCAAAUUGGGUGACUGCGUCUCCAAUUAUAUACUCAUUGAAGCUAGCAAAAUGUGGGAUCAAGAUUAAACUGGAUAACUGGAAGCCAAAGACAACAUAUUUUUACGAUUACAUUGAUCUUUCAGACAAUGAGAUUAGCGGAAGUCCAAUUGGGUUGUUGAACAAGACUGAUUACUUGGUUGGAUUUUACGCUUCUGGGAAUAAAUUGAAGUUCGAUUUGGAGAAAUUAAGGAUUGUUCAGGCACUGAAGGAUUUGGAUUUGUCUAGGAAUAUGGUUUAUGGGAAAGUUCCAAAGGCAAUUUCUGGACUAAAUAAGUUGAAUUUGAGUAGUAAUCAUUUGUGUGGUCAACUUCCAGCAACAAAGUUUGGGGCAAACUCCUUUGCUGGAAAUGAUUGUCUUUGUGGUCCACCAUUGCCACCCUGCAAAGCUUAGUGCAAAAUUUGUGUUUGUUUUAAUAAUUGUAAUGUAAUGUAAUGCUAGCAAUAAUUUGGUGUUGUACUACAACUUUGUUUUUGUUUAAUGCUAGAUGACCCUUGCAUGCUCAA